GUGACAUUUUUGCCGUGUUUACUUUUAAAACGCUAAUAUACCUUUAUUUAUUUCAGAUGGGAUAUUUUAUUUUAUUAAUUUCGCUUUUUUUUAUUAAGAUUCCGCUGGAAUGUAACUCGUUCACUCGACAGAUAGUAUAAUUUAUUUCAAGACAAGCCUGCCGAUUUUAAAAUGACCCCCAAACGGCCACAGUGGGGCUUGUGAUGGGUUUACUGCGUGCUAGUUUCCAUUGACUACAAUGAUAAAAUCUUUAUCUCUGUAAAAUAAAGUGAAGCUUAGUUAGAUUUUAUCUCCAUAGGAGAUGCAUUCGUGAACAUUUCGGUUGUUGUACCACAAUGUUCAAAAGCUCCUCUGACUCGAUGAUUCGGGGUGUGAUUAUUUUGGUCUGGAUAAACCGCGGCUAGUUUGAGACAUGGGAAGUGGCUCAUCAUGAGGGCGACGUUUCACUUGUUUACUUUUAAGAGCAAGAACACAUUGUUUCGAAUCCAAACGUUUUUAUAAGUUUUACCAAUAUAAUGGCUUCUGUAAUGGAGGAUCCAACCCUUGAAAGACAAUUUAAAGGUCACAAAGAUGUUGUUACCUGUGCUGACUUCAGUCCCAAUCAUAAACAGCUUGCUUCCGGCUCCUGUGACAAGAACCUGAUGAUCUGGAACCUCGCACCUAAAUCCAGGGCCUUCAGGUUUGUGGGGCACACAGAUGUCGUUACAGGGGUACAUUUUUCUCCGAGAGGUUCUUUAGUGGCAUCUUCAUCCAGAGAUCAGACUAUUCGACUUUGGACACCUGGCAUAAAAGGAGAGUCAACUGUGUUUAAAGCUCACACGGCGAGCGUUAGGAGUGUUCAUUUCUCCAGUGAUGGCCAAAGGCUUGUCACUGCCUCAGACGAUAAGUCUGUGAAAGUAUGGGGUGUCGAACGAAAGAAAUUCCUAUAUUCUCUCAAUCGACAUACAAACUGGGUGCGCUGUGCGAGAUUUUCACCAGAUGGUCGUCUUGUCGCAUCCGGUGGUGAUGACAGGACAGUUCGCCUGUGGGAUACAGCUGCACGUCAGUGUAUCAACAUUUUCACAGACUACGGCGGGUCAGCAACAUUUGUGGAUUUUAAUGCCAGUGGCACAUGCAUAGCAUCAUCAAGCACGGAUGGCACGUUAAAAAUCUGGGAUAUUCGUACAAACAAGCUAAUACAGCAUUACAAAGUUCAUAGUGCAGGCGUCAACUGCUUUUCCUUCCACCCGUCGGGAAACUAUAUGAUCACUGCUUCCAGUGACAGUACGGUGAAGAUCUUGGACCUGCUGGAGGGAAGGCUCAUCUACACCCUUCAUGGCCACAAGGGUCCAGUGUUGACUGUGGCAUUUUCUCGAGAGGGAGAUCUAUUCGCUUCAGGAGGUGCUGACUCGCAGGUUCUGAUGUGGAAGACCAACUUUGAUUCAAUGAACUACAGAGAUUUGUUAAGCAGGCACAGCAAACGAGUCACUCCAGAUCCACCUCCACACCUUACGGACAUCUACCCUCGAUCAUCUCACCAACACCAUGCUCAGAAUGGCACGAUAGAGAUCAACCCCAUUGUUGCUGAUACACAGUCUGGUGACCCUCAGGUAGUUGAAGUCGGACGGGUUUUCUUCUCUACAACGGUAAGAUAUAUUGGUUUAACAUGUCAAAGCAUCUGACUUCUUUUAUUAAGGGUGUUCUAGAAAACAAGCUAGACAUUUAUUAACACUGACAGUGAAUAAAUCGCUGAAGGGCAUCAACUCUC